AUGCUUGAUUUUUCUGCUUUUGUUUCUAAUUCGGCUUUGAUUGAACAUACUCUCCAAGGCAGGUUCUUCACGUGGCAAAACAGUUUUGCGAGAUCGAAACUCGACCGAUGUUUCAUGUCCUCUCCGGCAUUCACUGCUUGGCCCAGUGGUAUUCUUAAGGCUCUUCCCAAGCUGCCGAACGCUAAUCUGGUUAUUAAGCUAAGGGAGCUCCGGUCAGCUCUUAAAGCUUGGAAUAAAGAUAUUUUUGGUGAUUUGAAUGCAAAACUUGCUACUAUUCAGAAGGAUAUUUCAGCCCUUGAAGCCGAAACUGAUUUCAGCAGCUUAUCCGAACAGGAUGGUAUCACACUUGCUGGACUUAAUGCUGAAUUUGAUCAACUUUCGAAACACUUAGAAUCCCUUUGGCAUCAAAAAUCAAGACUUAACUGGAAUAUUAACGGAGAUAGAAAUACUAAGUUUUUUCAUACAGUGGCUUCAAUCCACUCGAAGAGCAAUAGUAUUUCAGAUAUUUGCAUUGAUGGGGUAUCAUAUUCGUCCCCUGCGGAUAUUAAACAGCGGGUCCAAUCCUAUUAUAAAGAUCUCUUCCAAAGGGAUUCUAGUGUGAACUAUUUGCUGGAUGAUCUCCCUAUCCGGUCACUCUCCGCAAUUCAGGCCGCUUCGCUUUCAGCUUGUUUUACUGAAGAAGAGAUUUUGGCUACUCUUUUGAGCUGUGAUAGUAAUAAAGCUCCGACUCUACUCUUUUGA